AUGGGAACACCUGAUAACACAGACGAGACAUAUAAUAUUACUCUUCAUCAUCUUGAAAGGGAAAGGAAAAUGAGAAAUAAAUUAGACGUGUCCCAUAAUAAAGACCCCUUUGAUUUAAAGUUGUAUCUAUAUAAUGCAUGUCUCAAUUUUUCAAACACUGAUAUUUAUCAAGAGUAUAUAAACAGACUCAGUAUUAAUUCAUAUAAUAAUUGUGACUAUGAUCAGAUAAAAAGAAGUUGUUAUAUUUCGAAUAAGGACUUUUUAAAAUAUUAUAAUUAUAAUUUUUAUGACAAUGAUUUUGUACUAGAAAUGGAUAACCACACUGAAGACACUUCAUCUUCCUACCAUCUUAAUGAAAUGAAGGAAUUGGAAGAAUUAAGUGAAUUUGUGAUUCAUAAAAUGAAAAAAAUAAAAAAGGAAUUUGUAAAAAAUGAUAUUUCAAGGAAACGAAGAAGUGAAAUAUGUAAAUGUACAAGAAACGUAUUAUGGUCAAAAGAAAAAAGAAACACAGAAAAUAAUAAUUCUUUGUCCAUUUCUUAUAAUAAUAAUAAUAAUAAUUUAUUAUCUACAAAUUUUCAAAAAGAUAAUUCGCAUUUGUUUUCUACUUUGAUUGAAAAAGAAAAAAAAAAUAAAAAUAAAAAAAAAAAUAAUUUUUUAUACCUAUCACAUAUAGGAGAUAUAAAAAAUGAAGAGUCAAUAUACCAUAAUGAAUACCAUAUUACAUCAAAUUAUUUACCGUAUUAUUUUUUUAUGAAGAAAAACAAUAUAUUCUCUAAAACAUGUAACCAAUCAAGAGAACAUUCUUCUAUUUCUUAUCAUAUGGAUGAUUUCUUUUUAAAAUGUCAAAGUAUAAAUAGAAUGAAAUUAAAAAACUCUGGAAACAGCUACUAUUUCUGUAUGCUACAAAAUAUAGAGGAAGCACAAAACGACCCAAUUGUUGAAAUGUAUUAUAAAUAUUUGGAUGAUGUUAUAAAAAAGAAGAGUCGUGGUAAUAUAUAUGAUAACUAUUCGUUGUGCUCAAUGUUAGAUAAUACAAAAAAAAAAAAAAAGAAAAAAAAAAUUAAAAAGGAUAAAAUGAGUAAAAAUAAAGAAAUGUAUGACAAAAUAAAUAUAUAUAAUAACACAAAUAUAUUAAAUACAAGUAAUCAUUCUAGUUAUGAAACAGAAAUUUAUAGUAAUAAUAUUAUUAAUAUUGAUGAAGAGAACACAUUAGAGAAUUAUUAUAUAGAUAUGGAAAUAUAUAACAAUUUACAUACAUCUGAUAAUAAUAAAAAAAAAGAUAUAACAAAUAAAAUAAAUGAGCCCAAUACACUUGUUCAAAUAAAUAAAAAAAAAAAAAAUAUAAAAAGAUUAAGUUCUGUUGAAAUGGAUAUAUAUAUUAAAACAAUGAUGAUAAAUGAGAAAAUAAAAUCUAAUCAACAAAGAAUUGAUAAAAGAGAUAAAUGGAAUGCACUCUAUCAAUUUAUGUUUUCUUGUAUAGGUGCAUCCUUAAGUAUAUAUUUUUAUUUAGAUUUACCAUUAUUAAGAACAAAAUUUGAUUAUAUUUUAACAUGUGUUAUUAUCUUUUGUUCUUAUAUAUUUAUUGGGUUACCAUUACUUCAAAUUGAAUUAUCACUCGGACAAUUAUCACAAGGUUGUAUACUAAAUAGUUUAUCUUUCUUAAAAAAGAAAAUAAAAGGUAUAGGUCUUCUUUCCUUUAUAAUAUUAUUUUAUUUGUUAAUGAGAAAUAUGUCUUACAGUAUAACCACGCUGGUGAUUGCUGUAAAUUCUGUGUGGAGACCAUUACCUUGGGAUAUUAAAGAAUGUGAAAAAAUAAAUAAACAACAAACAUGUGUAAGCGAUAUAAAAUGUAGGUGGAUAGAAUGGAAGGAGAAAGAUGAUAUUAAGACGUUUAAAAUGUAUGAUAAUAUACAAUAUAAAGAUUUAUCACAAAAUGGUUUAUUGGAUAAACAUCCAUAUCGUCAUAAUUUGUCUUAUCACAAUCCAUCAAAUGACAAAUUACAAUUAGAUAUUUCUCAUGUGUCAGAAAAAGAACACAAUGAAGAUUUAAAUAUAUUUAUGUAUAGUAAAAAGAGGGAACCUGUACAAAAUAAUUCACAUUCUUGUGUUUCCAUAUCUACUAUGGAAAUCAUACUUUUCUUUACAAAGAAUAUAUCCUUUGUAUGGAAAAUUCUAUCAUUAUUUGUUAUACUAAUCCUAUUAUAUUUCUUAUUAAAAAUAGAAACAAUGUCCUUAAAUCAAAGUUUACAUUAUAUCCUUUCAAUUUCUUUUAUAAUUGUUCUUCUACAAAUCCUUAUAUUGUAUUAUAAGCUAGAACCAAAGGAAUAUACACAAAAUGAGAAUAUGGCAAUAAAAUAUAAUACAUGUAUAUUUUUUAGUAAGGAAUAUUUUCUACAUAUAAAUUUUUAUUUAAUUAUCAAAAUAAUUUGUCUUGUAUUAUUUUCUGUUAAUUGUUCCACAGGAAUAAAUUAUAUUUUUUCUUCAUAUACAAAUAUAGGAGAUAAUAUUAUUAAACAGUCAUAUUAUAUUAUAUUAGGUUCCUUUAUAGUUACCAUAACAUAUUUAACAUAUUAUUAUUUAUGUAUAUUACACAUACAUAAUAAUAAUAAUAAUAAAAAUAAUAUUAAUGUUUAUGAUGAUGAAUAUAUAUUAAAUUAUUUUAUAGACUAUUAUAAUAUCUUACCCAUAAAUAUUGCUCAUAUUGUACAAGAAAAAAAAAAUAUAAUUUUUUCAUUUUUAAAAAAUAAUGUAAAAUAUCAUUAUAUACCUCAUCAAAUUAUUAUAUACCUUUUGGUUUUAUCAAAAUAUAUACCUUUUUCAAAUAUGAUGUGUUUUUUAUAUUUCCUAUCUUCUUUAUUAGUCCUAUUAAUAACAAUAACUAUUCAUAUAAAAGUUAUAAUAAUCACAUUGAAAGAAUGUAGAAAAUUUAGAAAGAUCAAUAAAAAGAAAUUCAUUAUAUAUAUAAUAAUAAUAUAUUUUUUUGCUAGUCUUUUAAAUAUAUUUUUCUUUACAUCAUAUAUUAGUUAUUGGUUUAAUUAUAAUAUUAUAUAUAAUAUUUAUUUAUUUAUUGUUUUUUUUCAAAUGAUUUCUAUAACUUGGGUAUAUGGUUCAGAAUAUACAUCCAAAAAAAUAAAUCACCAAAAAAUAUAUUUUUAUUAUUCUAUUCAUUUUUUUAUAUCUAUAUUGUUAUUACCCAUAAUGAUAUAUCCAUAUUAUUAUAAUAUAUAUAAUAAGAGAUAUGUCUUCUUUAUUUUACUUACAUUGAAUAUAGUACAAUUCAUUUCGGUUCAUAUAUAUUUCUUAUAUUCUAUAAAGUUACCUAAAAAAACAUUCAAACAAAAAAUAAGUUAUUUGUAUAUAUCCAAUAUGAAUUUGUUAAAAAGAAGAUUAAAUAAUAUAUUCUAUGGAAAAUACAGAAAAUAUGAUACACAAACAAAUAAAGAAAAUAAUAAUAUUAAAACAAAUAAAAUUUACAAAUGUCAUAUUCUCCAAAAACUUACACCAAUGUGGUGCUUUUUAUUAAAAUAUUUCAUAACAACUAUUUUUAUAUUUCUACUUAUAUCCAAUUUGUUACAUCACGUUUAUGAAAAUAAUAAAUUGUAUCACAAAUUAAAACAAAAUAAUUAUCUUCUAAGUUAUAAGUCCCAAUAUUAUCUUCAUAAUAUAAAUCAAUCUUAUAUAAAAUAUAAUAAUGAUGAAUUUUAUAAUUUAAGAAAAGUACAUGAUAAAAAUGAAAAAACAGAAAAAAAGAAAUCCAUUCAAAAAAAUAAUAAUAUUCAAAAUAUAUUAUCUAAUAAUACAAUACAUGAAUACCCUAAAAUGGGGUAUGGACAAGAUAAAGACAACUAUAUUUAUCAUCAUAUAUAUAUGAACACGCUUAUAUAUAUUAUUGUAACUAUUUUAUUUAUAAUAUUUCUUUUGUUGUUUUCUUUUUUUUCCUAUUUUAAACACAAGAAAUUCAAUAUAUUUAUUAACUCACCAAAUAAGUUAUAUAACAUAAAUGAUAUACAAAAAAAAAUAAGGAAGCCCGUAAAGUUUUUAUAUACAAGAUCUUUUUUUUUUUUUGAAGAAUUAUUACCUGUUCAAUAUAUUAUGCCUUCCUAUAUUUGGACACAUAUAAACAAGCAUUUGAAAACAGAAAGUUUUAUACAAUCUUUAAAAAAAGAAUAUGAAAAUUGUGAAAAUAUUAUAGACAAAAAAUUUCUUUUUUAUAAUAAAGCACAAUUUGAAAGUUAUAUUUUAGGUCUCAUAUGUCAAGGAUCAAGGCUUGAGCAUUUUACACAAAAAAAAAAAAAAAAAAGAAUAGAUAAAAAUGAAUAA